AGAUUGGAGUUUGUAACCCUAAUUCACAAUCUGCAGAAACCCUACCUCCUCCACCCAUCUCUCUCCAUCUAUCUAUCUAUCUAUCUCAACACACCCAUGGCUAAAAAGCGAAAGGCUCGUGCUACACAACCUGCCGCUGCUGAACAACCACCUCCUACGGAACAACAGGAGAUUCACGAACGACAACAGGAACUCGAGCCUCCCGGAGGGAUGGAGCUAGAGCAAACACCCGACGAACAAGAGCCGGAGGAAGAAGACCCACAGGAAGAUGAAGAACAAGAAGAAGAAGAAGAAGAGGAAGAAAGCGACGAAGAAGCCGACGUCAAAGUCGAAGCCAACGGAGAACAAACAGAGGAUUUGGACGAUGAACCUCUAGAGAAGCUUCUAGAACCGUUUUCCAAAGAACAAUUAGUUUUAUUGCUCAAGGAGGCUGUUUCGAAGCACCCUGAGUUUAUCGAAAGUGUUCAGAAAAUCGCCGAUGCGGAUCCGGCUCACAGGAAGAUAUUUGUUCACGGUCUAGGGUGGGAUACCACUUCUGAGGUCUUGAUUAGUGAGUUUGGAAAGUAUGGUGAGAUUGAGGAUUGUAAGCAUGUGGUCGAUAAGGUAUCCGGUAAAUCGAAAGGUUAUGCGUUUUUACUCUUUAAACAUAGGGCUGGGGCGCAGAAGGCCUUGAAGGACCCUCAGAAGAAGAUUGGGAAUAGAAUAACUUCCUGUCAGCUGGCUUCUGCUGGCCCGGUUCCAGCGCCUCCUCCGAAUGCGCCUCCGGUUUCGGAGCUAACGCAGAGGAAGAUAUUUGUGAGUAAUGUGGCUGCGGAUAUUGAUCCGCAGAAGCUUUUGGAGUUCUUUUCCAAGUUUGGGGAGAUUGAUGAUGGGCCGUUGGGUUUAGAUAAGCAGACUGGGAAGCCUAGAGGGUUUGCGCUGUUUGUGUAUAAGAGUUUGGAGGGUGCGAAAAAGGCGUUGGAAGAGCCGCAUAAGAUUUUUGAAGGGCACACUUUACAUUGCCAGAAGGCUGUUGAUGGUCCCAAGCCCAGCAAGCCUUUUUUUCAGCAUCAACAGUAUGGUGGUGGUGGUGGGCAUCAUCACCCUGCGAAGAAGAGCAAGUAUUCGGGCUCGGGUGGUGGUGGAGGACAUGGAAGUCAUGGUCAUUUGAUGGCACCCUCUGGACCCUCGGUGGGUUACAACCCGGGUGUUCCUCCGUUGAAUCCUGCUUUGGGUCAGGCUUUGACAGCGCUUCUUGCAACUCAGGGAGGUGGACUUGGGAAUCUUUUAGGACUUGGUGGGGCUCCACAGGGGAUGCCGCCUGCCGGGUAUGGAAAUCAAGCUGGUGCAAGCUAUGGUGCUCAACCGGGGAUGCAGGGUGGCUACCCGAAUCAACAGGGUGGUCAAGGAGGUAACAGGCAGCAGCAAGGUGGUGGACCUUAUGGUCACUAGAUUUCAUCAUGUUUUUGUUUUGGACUCCUGCUGAAUCAUCUCAAGUCCCGGAAAGUUAUGCAAAUGAAGUCUUUAUUAUAUGUCGCAAAAAGUAACCAUUUGUGAAAGAGCAGAUUUGUAAACCCGUAUUUUUCUACUUUCAGUUACUUGAAGUCUUUUGAAACAAUGUAGUAUUUUGAUUUUCUUAUUAUGUUUCCAAAACACUGUUUCUAAUAAUUAGAAGUUCUAUGCACCUAUGAUUGUUUUUUUUUUUUUUUUUUUACUUACGGUAGAAGUUUUCUUAUAAGGCGAAGUCAUUAUAUUCGCAUAACUAGCAAUCAGUUGUUAGUAUUCGUGUAUUUUUAUCAGCUAGUGUUCUUUUUAUGCUUGUGUAUUAGAAUGAGCCUGGCCCCAGUGGCAUUUGUACUGCUUCAUAUAACCAGUCGUGAUCCACCAACCAAUGGGACGCAGCUUGUGUUGGGUAGGUGGCCUUCAAGGAAGAAACCCUGGUUCUGAACCUAGGCGCUUUGAAGGAACAUGAUAAACAAGAAUUGGAGUUUGGGAAAUCAUAUUAUGAUGAACAGACAGGCAGCCAUGCAUUUUGAAGCGCAUCGACUAUCUGAGGAGAGAUCAUUACCAAAAAAACCCUCCAUAUUUCAUUUCUACGCUUCAGUACCAAUUGGAUCAUCACAUAAUCUGGCCUCUUUCUUCUGGUAAAAGACCAACCGCAUUCCAACAAUCAAAGCCAUCUUGAGAUCCAAGUUGCUUAUUUCCAGACUCAAAGCUCGAACAAAGAACAUCAGAAAUUUAGACCAAGAGGGGUGUUCAAUCUCAAUCUUGAAGAAGCGGUGGCCGGUAGAGUGUUAACCUAACUCGAUAAACAUAAUUCGGAUGUGCUAAUUUUUAUGCGAUUCACGAUUAAAACAAAGACAUGUCUACAUGAAUAUUACAUACCAAAUAAUUGCAAGGGCG